CGGGCCGGAGAGAGUUCGGUUGAGAGGGUGCUGGAUGGUGGAGGAGUACCACUGAUGAGAGAGCGGCCGAAGGACGGGAUUCGGUUAACACGCAUCUGAGGACUGUUUUAUCUACAUACCGGAUACUGAGAGGGACCAAGGCGCGGUGUCUUCAUCCACUACGUGCGGUGGCCAAGAUUGGUCUGCUUCUGGUUUCCAGCAGCGAUGUCUCAGAGGAGUGGGCAGGAGGACCCAGAGCGGUACCUGUUUGUGGACCGCGCUGUGGUGUACAACCCAGCAGCACAAGCUGACUGGACAGCCAAGAGGCUGGUAUGGAUCCCGUCGGAACGCCAUGGCUUCGAGGCUGCGAGCAUCCGCGAGGAGCGCGGGGAAGAGGUGGUGGUUGAGCUGGCGGAGAAUGGGAAGAAGGCCAUUGUCAAUAAGGACGACAUCCAGAAGAUGAACCCCCCCAAGUUCAGCAAGGUUGAGGACAUGGCAGAGCUCACCUGUCUGAACGAGGCGUCUGUGCUCCACAACCUGAAAGACCGAUACUACUCUGGCCUCAUAUACACGUACUCUGGUCUCUUCUGUGUUGUCAUUAAUCCCUACAAAAACCUGCCCAUCUAUUCGGAGAACAUCAUUGAGAUGUACAGAGGGAAAAAGAGGCAUGAAAUGCCCCCCCACAUAUACGCCAUCUCAGAGUCUGCAUACAGAUGCAUGCUGCAAGAUCGAGAGGACCAAUCCAUUCUUUGCACAGGCGAGUCGGGAGCCGGCAAGACGGAAAACACAAAAAAGGUCAUUCAGUACCUGGCACAUGUUGCCUCCUCCCACAAAGGAAGAAAAGAUCACAACAUUCCUCCAGAAUCACCUAAACCAGUGAAACUACAGGCACAAAACGCAGUUAGUGGACCCCUGUUUUAUGGCGAGUUGGAACGUCAGCUCCUGCAAGCCAAUCCGAUUCUGGAAUCUUUUGGGAACGCGAAGACUGUGAAAAAUGACAACUCGUCACGUUUUGGGAAAUUCAUCCGGAUCAACUUUGACGUCACCGGGUACAUCGUCGGGGCCAAUAUUGAGACCUACCUGCUGGAGAAAUCCAGAGCUAUUCGUCAAGCCAAAGAUGAGCGCACCUUCCACAUUUUCUACCAGCUGCUGGCCGGAGCUGGAGAACAUCUCAAAUCGGACCUGCUGUUGGAAGGUUUCAAUAACUACCGCUUCCUGUCCAACGGAAACAUCCCGAUCCCGGGCCAGCAGGACAAAGACAACUUCCAAGAGACCAUGGAGGCCAUGCACAUCAUGAGCUUUGGCCAUGAGGAAAUUCUGGCCAUGUUGAAGGUGGUUUCCUCGGUGCUUCAGUUUGGGAACAUCGUCUUCAAAAAGGAGAGGAACUCUGACCAAGCCUCCAUGCCAGACAACACUGCUGCUCAGAAGCUGUGUCAUCUGCUGGGAAUGAACGUGAUGGAGUUCACCAGAGCCAUCCUCUCACCGAGGAUCAAAGUGGGACGAGACUACGUGCAGAAAGCGCAGACUAAAGAGCAGGCUGACUUUGCUGUUGAGGCCCUGGCUAAAGCAACAUACGAGCGUCUGUUUCGCUGGCUGGUUCACCGCAUUAACAGAGCUCUGGACAGAACCAAACGGCAGGGUGCUUCCUUCAUUGGCAUCCUGGAUAUCGCUGGUUUUGAGAUUUUCCAGCUGAACUCCUUCGAGCAGCUGUGCAUCAACUACACCAACGAGAAGCUGCAGCAGCUCUUCAACCACACCAUGUUCAUCCUGGAGCAGGAGGAGUACCAGAGGGAGGGCAUCGAGUGGAGCUUCAUCGACUUCGGCCUCGACCUGCAGCCCUGCAUCGACCUCAUCGAGAGGCCUGCGAACCCUCCAGGAGUGUUAGCCCUGCUGGAUGAGGAGUGCUGGUUCCCCAAGGCCACGGACAAGACGUUCGUGGACAAGCUCAUCCAGGAGCAGGGCACACACACCAAGUUUCAGAAGCCGCGCCAACUCAAAGACAAGGCCGACUUCUGCAUCAUCCACUACGCUGGCAGGGUCGACUACAAGGCAGACGAGUGGCUGAUGAAGAACAUGGAUCCCCUGAACGACAACGUGGCCACUCUCCUGCACCAGUCCACCGACAAAUUUGUGGCCGAGCUGUGGAAAGACGAGAUUCAGACCAUUCAAAGGGCCUCAUUCUAUGACAAUGUCACUAGUCUGGAUGAGCCGGCAGUCGACCGCAUCGUGGGCCUGGACCAGGUGGCGGGAAUGAACGAGACGGCGUUCGGCGCCACCUACAAAACGAAGAAGGGGAUGUUCCGCACCGUGGGGCAGCUCUACAAAGAGUCGCUCACCAAACUCAUGGCCACGCUGAGGAACACCAACCCCAACUUCGUCCGCUGCAUCAUCCCCAACCAUGAGAAACGAGCUGGUAAACUGGAGCCUCACCUGGUCCUGGACCAGCUGCGGUGUAACGGCGUCCUGGAGGGGAUUCGUAUCUGCAGACAGGGCUUCCCCAACCGAAUCGUCUUCCAGGAGUUCAGACAGAGAUAUGAGAUCCUGACGCCCAACGCCAUCCCCAAAGGAUUCAUGGAUGGAAAACAGGCCUGUGAGAGAAUGAUUCACGCUCUGGAGCUCGAUCCCAACCUGUUCCGAAUCGGUCAGAGUAAGAUCUUCUUCAGGACGGGCGUUCUGGCUCAUCUGGAGGAGGAGAGAGACCUGAAGAUAACGGACAUCAUCGUCUACUUCCAGUCCGUGUGUCGUGGAUACUUGGCGCGGAAAGCCUUUGCGAAGAAGCAGCAGCAGCUGAGUGCCCUGAAGGUUUUACAGAGGAACUGCGCUGCGUAUUUGAAGCUGCGACACUGGCAGUGGUGGAGGCUCUUCACCAAGGUGAAGCCGCUGCUGCAGGUCACCAGACAGGAGGAAGAGCUGCAAGCCAAAGACGAAGAGCUGGUGAAGGUGAAGGAGCGGCAGCUCAAAGUGGAGAACGAGCUCGUGGAGAUGGAGAGGAAACACCAGCAGCUGAUAGAAGAGAAGAAUAUCCUGGCGGAGCAGCUCCACGCCGAGACGGAGCUGUUUGCAGAAGCUGAAGAGAUGAGGGUUCGUCUGCUCUCCAGGAAGCAGGAACUGGAAGAGAUCCUCCACGACCUGGAGUCCCGGGUGGAGGAGGAGGAAGAGAGGAACCAGAGCCUGCAGAAUGAGAAGAAGAAGAUGCAGUCUCACAUCCAGGACCUGGAGGAGCAGCUGGACGAGGAGGAAGCAGCGAGGCAGAAGCUUCAGCUGGACAAAGUGACGGCUGAAGCAAAGAUCAAGAAGAUGGAGGAAGACAUCCUGCUGCUGGAAGACCAAAACUCCAAGUUUCUCAAGGAGAAGAAGCUGCUGGAGGACAGAAUCGCUGAAAUGACCUCCCAGCUGACAGAAGAGGAGGAGAAAGCGAAGAAUCUCAGCAAGGUCAAGAACAAGCAGGAGAUGGUCAUGGUCGACCUGGAGGAGCGUCUGAAGAAGGAGGAGAAAACGCGGCAGGAGUUGGAAAAGACGAAGCGUAAGCUGGAUGCCGAGAACACCGACCUGCAGGACCAGAUCGCGGAGCUCCAGGCUCAGGUGGAGGAGCUGAAGGUCCAGCUGGCCAAGAAGGAAGAGGAGCUGCAGGCUGCUCUGGCCAGGAGCGACGAGGAGACGCUCCAGAAGAACAACGCCUUGAAGCAGGUCCGGGAGCUGCAGGCGCAGCUGGCCGAGCUUCAGGAGGACCUGGAGUCUGAGAAAAUGUGUCGCAGCAAGGCGGAAAAGCUGAAGCGGGACCUGAGCGAGGAGCUGGAAGCUCUGAAGACGGAGCUGGAGGACACGCUGGACACCACCGCCGCCCAGCACGAGCUCAGGACCAAACGGGAACAAGAGGUGGCCGAGCUGAAGAAGGCCAUCGACGAGGAGACCAAAAACCACGAGGCGCAGGUCCAGGAUAUGAGACAGAGACACGCCACGGCCCUGGAGGAGCUGUCCGAGCAGCUGGAGCAGGCCAAGAGGUUGAAGGCCAACCUGGAAAAGAGCAAGCAGUGUCUGGAGGGUGACAACAAGGAGCUGGCCGGCGAGGUGAAGAGCCUGCAGCAGGCCAAGACCGAGUCCGAGUACAAGAGGAAGAAGCUGGACUCCCAGCUGCAGGAGUUCAUGGCCAGAGCCACCGAGGUGGAGCGGGUCAAAGGAGAGCUGGCGGAGCGCUCACACAAGCUGCAGUCUGAACUGGACAACGUGUCGGCGCUGUUGGAAGAGGCCGAGAAGAAGAGCGUCAAACUGGCCAAAGAGGUGGACAACCUGAACGGCAAACUGCAGGACUCAGAGGAGCUCCGGCAGGAGGAGACCCGUCAGAAGCUCAACCUGAGCGGCCAGAUCCGCCAGCUGGAGGUGGAGAAGAACACUCUGCUGGAGCAGCAGGAGGAAGACGAGGAGGCCCGGCGCAGCCUGGAGAAGCAGCUGCAGAUGGUGCAGGCUCAGCUGUUUGAGGCAAAGAAAAAGCUGGAGGACGACGUUGGAUCGAUGGAGAGCCUGGAGGAGGCCAAGAGGAAGCUCCAGAAGGACGUGGAGCUCGCCGGCCAGCGGCUGGAGGAGAAGACGAUGGCCAUGGACAAGAUGGAGAAGACCAAGAACCGACUGCAGCAGGAGCUGGACGACCAGACGGUGGACCUGGACCACCAGAGGCAGAUCGUCUCCAACCUGGAGAAGAAGCAGAAGAAGUUUGACCAGAUGCUGGCCGAGGAGAAGACCAUCUCCGCUCGCUACGCCGAGGAGCGCGAUCGCGCCGAGGCCGAAGCCAGAGAGAAGGAGACCAAGGCUCUGUCCAUGGCCAGGGAGCUGGAGGAGGCACUGGAGGCCAAAGAGGAGCUGGAGAGGUUCAACAAGCAGCUCCGCGCCGAGAUGGAGGACCUGAUGAGCUCCAAGGACGACGUGGGGAAGAAUGUCCACGAGCUGGAGAAAUCCAAGCGGACGCUGGAGCAGCAGGUGGAGGAGAUGAGAACCCAGCUGGAGGAGCUGGAGGACGAGCUGCAGGCCACAGAAGACGCCAAACUCCGCCUGGAGGUCAACAUGCAGGCCAUGAAGGCCCAGUUUGACCGAGACCUGCAGGCCCGGGACGAGCAGGGAGAGGAGAAGAAGAGGGCGCUGGUCAAACAGGCGCGUGAGAUGGAGGCUGAGCUGGAGGACGAGAGGAAGCAGAGGAGCGUGGCUGUCGCCGCCAAGAAGAAGCUGGAGAUGGACCUGAACGAGGUGGAGGGUCAGAUCGAAGCCGCCAACAAAGGAAGGGACGAAGCCAUCAAGCAGCUGAGGAAGAUCCAGGCUCAGAUGAAGGACUAUCAGAGGGAGCUGGAGGAGGCCAGAGCGUCCAGAGACGAAAUCUUCACUCAGUCCAAGGAGAACGAGAAGAAGCUAAAGAGCCUGGAAGCGGAAAUCCUGCAGCUCCAGGAGGACCACGCGGCGUCGGAGCGAGCCCGUCGACACGCCGAGCAGGAGCGGGACGAGCUGGCCGACGAGAUCUCCAACAGCGCCUCCGGGAAGUCGUCUCUGCUGGAGGAGAAGAGGAGGCUGGAGGCUCGCAUCGCCCAGCUGGAGGAGGAGCUGGAGGAGGAGCAGGGCAACAUGGAGCUCCUCAACGACCGCUUCAGGAAGACCACGGUUCAGGUCGACACCUUGAACACCGAGCUGGCUGCAGAGCGCAGCGCCGCCCAGAAGAGUGAGAGCGCUCGGCAGCAGAUGGAGCGGCAGAACAAGGAGUUGAAAGCAAAGCUGGCGGAGCUGGAAGGAGCCGUGAAGUCCAAGUUCAAGGCGUCCAUCACUGCUCUGGAGGCCAAAAUCCUGCAGCUGGAGGAGCAGCUGGAGCAGGAGGCCAAGGAACGAGCAGCGGCCAACAAGAUCGUCCGGCGCACCGAGAAGAAGCUGAAGGAGGUGAUGAUGCAGGUGGAGGACGAGCGUCGCCAUGCCGACCAGUACAAGGAGCAGAUGGAAAAGGCCAACUCCCGCAUGAAGCAGCUGAAACGUCAGCUGGAGGAGGCGGAGGAGGAAGCCACCCGCGCCAACGCCUCCCGCAGGAAGCUGCAGAGGGAGCUGGACGACGCCACCGAGGCCAGCGAGGGCCUCACCCGGGAGGUGACGUCUCUGAAGAACCGCCUCAGGCGCGGCGGCCCCGUCAGCAGCUUCUCCUCCGGCCGCUCGGGCCGCCGCAACCUCAACCUGGACGGCGCCUCGGUCGACAUGUCGGACGACGACGCCGACAGCCGCGCCAGCGACUUCAAUGAGACGCAGGCGUCCAACAUGGAGUGAAGACGCAGCGCCGUCACGCCUCACCACCUCCUCCUCAC